AUGGCUGUCCGUCCUUCAGUGGCCCUCCUUGGAGCCAUUGCUCUGGCUUCAUCUUCCCAAGCCAUUGCCCUUCCCAGCGCAAAGAUAUCUCUUUCUAUCCCCGGGACUGUUGAGAUAGAUGGACUGAGCAAUAUUUACGUGGACUACCAUUCCCCCGUGGAUGGCCAUUUCGCCAUUCAUUAUGGAAGCUGUGAUAUGUCUUCGUCUCAUCCUUCUCUGGCUUACCACGAGGUCGGCUCGACCUACAUUGGAAACCACCAUCUGGCACGUCGACACCUGGACUGGGAGGAUCAACGGCCCAGUCGGUUUGUUUGGAUCACUCCCAAUGACAUUCAGGGUGAGGGCUGUCUCCAUGCGUACUCGGACAAUGAAUGGAUUGGCUCUUCUUCCCCAAUUAAUGUGGUCUCCAAGAAGGCCAAGCGUGCGCAUGACAUCUCCAUCGACCUGGCAGACAUUUCGGAUGUCGAGGGGCCCUGGUUCGAUGGUGUCGCUUACCUGAAAGCGAAGGAGCCCAGCAAGAAAUUCGUGGCGAAGGCCAAAGAGAAGGAGAUCGGUAUCUUGGGAGGUGGUAUGUCUGGAUUGAUGACAUCGCUGCUUCUGGACUCGGUCGGAAUCAAGAACUGGAAGAUCAUCGAAUCAUCCGGCCGCGUCGGCGGACGAAUCCACACUAGCUAUCUUAAUAACACCCGCCCGGACCAGUACCAGUAUCAGGAAAUGGGGCCGAUGCGCUUUCCUGUCAAUAUCACUUACGCGGGAACGGAUGAGGUUAUCGAAAUCCAAGACCACAAGAUGGUCUUCCAGCUGGCGGACUACGUGAACAAACUUAACCACCAUAAGCCAGAUCUGGAAGUGAACUUCAUCGAAUGGAUCCAAAGCGCUGCCAACGACCCGGUCAGUACAGAUAAGCGCCGACCAGAUGGCACUGUUCCUGGAAAUGCCGAAGUGCAAGCCAACAAGAGCCUCGAAUCCACCCCAGAGCCGAUGACCAAGGCUGCUGCACCUUAUGCCGCCAAGGUCGAAGAAUGGUUGUCUCUGAGCAAGAAGAACCUCACCGAGAUGGCUACUAAUGUGUUCAAGGCGCAUAAGAAGGCUGUGGAUGCGGGUUACUUGGGCUGGUCGGAGUCCAACUACCUGAGAUAUUACCUUGGGGCCAACGUCAACAUCACCGAUGAAGUGGACUCCUUGGCCGAUAGCUAUGAUAGCUGGCUCUACGAUAAUACCUACUUCUCUGCCACGCAGUGGAAGACGAUCGAUAAGGGUUUGAGCAGCUUGCCAAUGGCCAUCACCCCCCUGGUCGAGGACCGGACUCUCUUCUACAGCGUGGUCAACCGCAUGGACUGGGAUGAAGACAAGGAGAAGAUGACGGUGUACUACCGGCCCCGCAACGAUUCCUGGGCUGAGAGCAAGACCAAGGAAUUCGACUACGUCGUUACUGCCGUUCCUUUCACUCGAGUCAGGCUCUGGCAGUAUCCCCCAUACUCCCUGGUUCUCAACAAUGCGAUCCAAACCUACGGAUAUGAAUCUGCGUGCAAGGUGGCUCUGCUAUAUAAGACACGUUUCUGGGAACAUAUGGAGUAUCCCAUUAUUGGAGGCUGCGGAUCCGUCAACAUCACCGGUAUCGGCAGCAUCUGCUACCCUUCAUACAACAUCAAUGGCACCGGGCCCGGUGUCCUCUUAGCCUCAUAUGAAGAGGGUGCUGGGGCCCUAGCUACCACGGCCUUCAGUGAAAGCGACCACAUUGCUUUCGUCCAGCGUGCAAUGAUCGAUGUCCACGGCGAGGUCGCCAAGGAGCAAUACACUGGCAUCUAUGACCGUGUCUGCUGGGCGACCAUGCCUGACCAGGGUGCUUCCUGGGCCGCUCCCGAUGCUGGCCAGCAGGAACUGUAUAUUCCUGCUUUCUUCCAGACCGAGAUGAAUACUGUGUUUGUUGGAGAGCACACCAGCUACACCCACGCCUGGAUCUUCAGCGCCUUGGAGAGCGCGGUCCGCGGCACCACGCAGCUGUUGCUGGACAUGGGAUUGGUCGAUGAAGCUAAGCAAGUCACCAAUCAGUGGAUGGCGCGGUGGAUCAGUGUCUAA